AUGUCUAUAUGGAACAGCCUCCUGGACACAUCACUCUUUGUCUUUCACAGGCAGUCUGACAUUAUUUAUUUGCUUCUUUACGUUGACGACAUCAUUAUUACAGGCAACAACUCCUCUCUUCUUGCCAUCUUGACUUGUAAGCUCAAUUCUGAGUCCGCUACUAAGGAUUUGGGUUCUCUUAGUUACUUUCUUGGUCUUGAAGCUACACCCACCACUGAUGGUCUUUUUAUCAGUCAACUGAAAUAUGCACGGGACAUUCUCAUGCGGGCUCAGUUACUUGACAGCAAGCCUGUUCACACUCCCAUGGUUGUUUUCCAGAAUCUGUCUUCUUAUGGUCCUCUAUUUUCAGAUCCCACUCUUUAUAGAUCUCUUGUUGGUGCUCUCCAGUAUUUGACUAUCACGCAUCCUGAUAUUGCUCAUGUUAUAAACUCUGUCAGUCAAUUUCUACACUCUCCGACUGAAAACCACUUUCUUGCUAUAAAGCGCAUUCUUCGCUAUGUUAAGGGCACAUUGCAUUUUGGCCUCACUUUUCAUCCAUCCGCUGCUCCUGGUGCUUUAGUUGGUUACUCUGAUGCCGAUUAG